CAAUUCCACGAACCACCCUCUCAAUAAAUAAACUAUGGUUGGCUAGGGAAAAUAUACUACGUACCUAGUUAAGAUGACAGAGGUGAAGUUACAUGGAUUUUGGUAUAGUCCUUUCACUUUGAAAGUGAAAUGGACUCUUGAGUUAAAAGGUAUUCCUUAUGAGAAUAUAGAAGAAGAUCGUUUCAACAUGAGUGUUCAAAUUUUCCAAUACAAUCCUAUAUAUAAGAGGACUCCAAUUCUUGUUCACGAUGGAAAACCCUUGUGUGAGUCCACAAUCAUUGUUGAAUACAUUGAUCAGAUAUGGCCAGAAAAUCCAUUGUUUCCUAUUGAUUCUUAUGAGAGAGCUUUGGCUCGAUUUUGGAUUAAAUACGCUGAUGACAUGGUUUCUGCAAUUAGGUUACUUGCCCUUAGCAGCAACAGUGAAGAGCAAGUGAAGGCCAUAGAGAAGAUAUGGGAGCAUCUCAGAGUGGUUGAGGAUCGAUGCUUCAAUGAUCAUGAGAAGAAAUUUUUUGGAGGUGACACUAUUAACAUUGUGGACAUAGCAUUUGGGUCCAUGGUCAAAUUUAUUACAGUUCUAGAAGAUGCUCUUGAAGUGAAGAUACUAGAAUAUGAGAAAUUCCCUCACUUUCAUUUAUGGUAUAAUAAUUUCAAGAAUGUUCCAAUCAUUAAAGAAAACCUCCCAGAUCAAGAUAAAAUGCUGGCUUUUCUUAAAUUUUCCAGAGAAAAGCUUUUGGGAUCUUCUUAAGAAAGUAUACACUCUUUUUAUGUGCGUUUCAUUAGUUUACACUCUAUCUUGUGACAUGGAUUAGGGUCAAUGAGUGAGAAAUAUCUCUCAUUGGGAGAAACAUAUUUUGUACCAUAAGAUUUCUCUAAUUUUAAAUCAAUUAUUGAUAUUUUUUUUUAUUUGUUC